GCAUGGACUCGCGGGUGCCAUGGUAACUGACGCUAAAAGUGCUUUAUCAUAAGAAGAAAGCGACGUUAGCUGAUGAACUGUAUUUAACGGUAACGUUGGGACAUAACGAUGUCUAGAAAGAGACACGUAAAAGAGAAAACAGAGAAGGCAAUUGCUGAGGAUGAAGCCUCGAAAGUUUCAGGACUGACUACAAAUGAAACAUUACCUGCUCAGACCUUUGAUGAAUAUCAGUGCUCAGGAAAUGUGAAGAUUGACUUCCAUGAACUUUGUACUCUUCUGAACAUAAAGGACAUUCCAGCUGUCAGCACCAAGCUACUGGUUUCCUCCACCACUGAAAAAGAAACAGAGGACAACCAGUCUCAGAUAAAUGCUGCAUCUUUCUGGUCUAAGCCUUGUCUCCAAGUUGAGCUGGAGAAUGAAAACCAGCUGAGUGCCAAAAGCAUAAAGAUUUCUGGGUGGAAAGUAGAUGAGCAGAUCGCCAGAGUGCUACAGAAGAUGUUUCCCUCCUUGAGCCAGCUACAUAGCCUUCAGUUUUGGCAGGCAAGACUGACAGAUCAGAUGGUAAGCUCCCUCAUGAGCACAAUAUCUUUGUGGUCAAACCUCAGAGCUGUGAUGUUAGAAGGCAACCCUCUUCCACAGCACAGCUACCAUCUUCUUCUAUCGGAGGACAGCACCCUCACUCAUGUGUCCCUGCGAAACAACCGGAUAGGUGAUGAGGGUGCCCGUCUGGUUGGGUCUGCUCUCUCCACACCUAGAUCUGCCAAUAAGAACCUUUUGUCUCUCAACUUGGCAUUCAAUAGUAUUGGUGAUGCAGGAGCUGCGCAUAUUGCACAUGGUCUGCGGUUGAAUCGUGCCUUGCUCUUUCUCUCACUGUCUAACAAUCAGAUUGGAGACUCAGGAGCUGCUCAUCUGGCUGCGAUACUUGACAAGUUUGCUCUCACUCAUGAUGAGGUUGUAGAGAGGAGGAAGCUGCUACUGCAAGGAAUGCAGUCUUCAUCUUUUAGAGUUGAUUCUGUCCAAACGCCUGCUGACCAGCUCCCCUCAGUAUCCAGCAGUACUUCAUCAAGCAUCAGUAAAGGGGAGAGCAAAGGCACCUCUAAAAAAAAGGAAGCAUCCAAAAAAGAAGAGAAGCUAGCUACUAAUAAAGAGAAUCCAAAGGCCAGCAAGAAAUCAUCUGAUGUAAAGGUGGCUCAAAGUAAAGGUGGCAAGCCAGGGGCCAAAGAGAAACAACCAUCUGCACAGGAGGAUCAUUCAACUGUUUCCCAGUAUGAGCAGGGGGCAGAGUCAGUGGAAACAGUGCACCCCCUGCUGGACAAGUCGGUGCAGCACAGGGAUGGAGAGUUUUUUCUGCCUGGAAACACGACUCUCACCUCACUCAACCUGGCAGGAAACAGAAUUACAGAGAGGUCACUGCCUUUGUUUCUGAAGUCACUAGAGAUGCGGGGUGAGGGAGGAGGCCUGCUGCGUCUCUGCCUGCAGGGCUCCCUUGCAACAAAAAGGUUUCAUACCUCAGCAGGACUCACCCUGAGAAACCACUUCCCACCAGAGUGUGAGUCUUAUGUGAGCAUAACAAAGCUGAUGGCGCUCUCAGAUCCACUUAAACAAAACAGCUGUGAACACACAGAGGAGGAGGCGGGGCAGGGGGAAUAGUCCUUAGUGGCUGUUUCUUAUGAAAUUCCUCUGUGUUUUGUUGUUAAAUUGUAGUGAAGAAACUGCAGCACAAAAGAAUGUAAUACAAAAAGGCAGAACCACUGGAAGAUUUGUCUGUUUCAGUCUGCUGAGCUGAACGUGGAUGGCUUUAAACUUUAUUCUUUGAUUUGCUUUAGCGAUGUCUGAAAUUGUCUCUGACACUGUAUGCGCUUUUAUGUUGUGUUCUGUUUGUUUUUCUUUCUCUCUGCUGUAUUCAGAUAUCCCUUGCAAAAGAGAUUUUGAUCUGAUCUGAUUAAAUAAAGUUUAUAUACAACUAUAGAUUUCAUCCCUGAUCUCUUACACAGUUUGGCUACAAAGGGAUCACCUUGUGGUCAGAACUCUUUCAACAUACAUGCUAACAUGAUAGUAGUGUGUUAAGAGAGUGUUAGGUUAUUUCCUAGUUAAAUAGAUAUUCAGAGAUUUGUUGUCUAGAAAUGUUUAGUGCAGACAG